CAAAAUAACUCUUAACUGAGAGAGAAUUUUGAGAAUUAUUAUUGAUAGGCUUAUCAUGUCUGCGGGAAUAGAUCUUUCCCAUUUUGACUUAGAAGGGAUUGAUGUUUCCUCCUUGAAUCUUGAUAAACUAGAAGAUAAAUUUAGGGAGCCUUUCCAAAGUAACUCAUAUGAUAGUGAUAAUAUUAAGUAUGGCUUUGCUGAUAUGACCGGAAUUUCUCGGUUGAACGAGAAAUCUGUUUUGCAUAAUCUUAUGAUCCGCUUUCAAAACGACAGGAUUUUCACUUACAUUGGAAGCGUACUGGUUAGCGUAAACCCUUUUAAGCGUCUUUUAGGUUUAUACGACGAGCCGAAGUCGUUUAGAGGAAAAACACUCCAAGAGAAGCCUCCUCACAUUUUUGCUCUCGCUGAAAAGGCAUAUGCCUCCAUGAUGGGCGCACAGCAGAACCAGACUUUUUUAAUAAGGCAAGCUAUUACCGCUGAACAUGCUCAUCGCGUAUGUCUGGUAACAUGCCUACAGCGGUGA